CCCUCUCCGGGCUUGGGUGUGGCGCGCGCGCGAUAGCCUGCCUGGGCUGCCUAAGGAGGCGAUGCGCCUCUUAAAGAAGUGCGAAAGCUCAACAGGUGGUUGGAGCUCCGUGAAGGCGAGAUAAAAACAUCACAGUUCUACUAUGUCACCCAGACCUUUUGAAAGUCCUCCACCCUAUCGCCCAGAUGAAUUCAUACCUUCAAACUAUAUACCAAGCAACAAUACAUUCGGUGGUGAAUUCCAUUCGCAGCUUAUGCACUCUCAACCAGCAUAUUCUUAUUAUCCAGAAGAUGAAGUGCAACGUUUCUACAAAUGGUCCUCCCCACCAGGAAUAAUCAAGAUCAUGUCAAUUCUCAUACUAGUCAUGUCUAUUGGGGUCUUUGCUUGUGUUGCUUCUACACUGGCUUGGGAUAUGGACAUGUAUGGAGGUGGACUAGGAACUGGUUUGGGGUAUCCUAACUAUGGAAGUUUUGGAACCAACUAUGGUGGAUACAUUGGCAGCGGUAGUUUUGGAGGUUAUGGUGGCUAUAAUAGUGGAUAUGGCCUUGGAGGAAAUUAUAUUGAUCCACGAGGAGCAAAAGGCUUUUUACUUGCAAUGGCAGCUUUUUGCUUCAUUGCUGGAUUGAUGGUUUUUGUGACUGGUGUUACAAAGACUAAGAUGGCCAGGACAAGGAAAUAUUAUCUCUUUGUGAUAAUAGCAAGCUCUAUAUUGCUCUUCUUGAUGUUCAUUGCUACAAUCGUAUAUACACUAGCAGUCAACCCAACUGCACAGUCUUCUGGAUCAGUGAUCUACAAUCAGAUCUAUAUGUUGUGCAGCCAGUUUUACACACCCGCAACUACUGGGCUCUAUGUGAAUCAAUACUUAUAUCACUACUGUGUGGUGGAACCUCAGGAGGCUAUUGCCAUUGUAUUAGGCUUCCUGAUUGCUGCAGCUUUGGCUAUAAUAAUAUUUUUUGCAGUAAAGACUCGAAGUAAAAUAGGUUACUAUGGCAAAAUGAGUAUACUCUGGGAUAACACAAAAGGUUAUGAUGAAACUCCUAAUGUAGAAGAAUGGGUUAAGAAUGUAAGUCCAGAGCCAGCGGCAGCUUCCCCAGGGCCAGACUAUCCAGAUCGAGUUGCCAGUUCUACGGGAUACUCAGUUUCUGAUGCUCCUGCACAUCAGAUUCGCAAGGACAACUACCCAGCUAGCCCGGUACCUGAAGUUGUUGCUCCCUUAACAAAAGACCUAAAACAUUCCCAGUAUGUGAACCCCAGCAGUUAUAAUGGGUCAGCUAAGGAGUCCCAACAGAAAAAGAAAAGAGGAAGAACAAGAAGACCCAACAAUGAUAAUUAUGAUGCUGAUUAUACCACAGGUGGUGAAUCUUGUGAUGAACUGGAUGAGAACUGGGACAGAGAGUAUCCAUCUUUAUCAUCAGACCAGCAAAGACAAGCGUACAAGAGAGAUUUUGAUGCAGGAUUACAAGAAUACAAACGAUUGCAAGCAGAACUUGAUGAGAUCAGUAAAGAACUGUCUCGUCUUGACAAAGAGCUGGAUGACUACAUUGAAGGCAGUGAAGAAUAUAAGGCUGCAGCUGAUGAAUAUAACAGAUUGAAAGAUAUCAAAUCAUCCGCAGACUAUAAGAACCGAAAAGCACACUGCAAGAUGCUGAAGAGUAAACUGUCCCACAUCAAAAGGAUGGUCAGUGAUUAUGACAGUCGGUAGUCAUAACAAGAAGGAAACAAAUCAGGUUGCAUAAGAAUGCCAAUUUUCAUUCAGCUGGAAUACCUUUGUGUUGGACAAUAGUGGGAGAGAUCCUUUGUAUACUUUUAUAUACUUCAUAAUGUUUGUGCCAUGUUUACCAUGAAAUAAGAAUUCAGUAUAUGGGAUCUUCUAUAGUUUCACUGAAUCAAGGAAUUUUACCACCUAUGUUUUCAGAUCAACAGUGGACAUAUUGAGCAUUUGCUUUCCUUGUCUUUGCUAACUCAUUCCAUUUUUCUUAGCAUAUUGCAAUCUUAAUUUCAGAAAAAUUUGAUAAAUGUUUUUCAUUACAUCUUAUAUAGUACCCUGUUUCCCCUAAAAUAAGACAUCCCCUGAUAAUCCCAGUCGGGCUUUUGAGCACAUGCACUAAAAUAAGCACCCCCUGAAAAUAAGCCCUCCCCGAAAAUAUUUAAAUGCAUGCGCAGCCGGUCCCCAUUUCCUCUAGUUUCCUCCAUGUGCCCCAAAAUUAUAAAACCUCCUUGAAAAUAAGGCCAAGAGCUUAUUUCGGGGUUCAAAAAAAUAUAAGACACUGUCUUAUUUUAUCAGGGAAACACAGUAUAAGCUAUGUCCUUUAUCUAAAACGCCUGUCUUCCUCUCUUAUUCUUAACCAAUUUUAUAUAUCUAUGUUACUUGUAAAUAAAAAACUAGCAGGCUUUACUUUUAAAUGGUGUCUAAAUGGACCCAUUAUUGAUUAGCCAGUAUAAUAUAUUAUUGACAAUGUGAAACAAUGUAAAUUUAUUCUGUUAAAAUCUCAACUUGUAUUUUAACUAUCAUUUUAUUACAGAAAUAUAAUUUUUAGUACUAGUGUGUUUAACUUUACUGUUCAAUUUGUAACUCAUAUAAAAAUGCCUGUAUGUUAUAUUUGACUAUAUAAGUAGCUACAAUUCUAUACAAACUUAAUGGGAAGUCCCAAAUCAAUGGGGUUUAUUUCUAAUAUUGUAUGCACAUUUAACCGAUCCUUUUAAAUUGCCAAAAAAAUGUAGACUAUUCUGUAAAGAUAUAUAAUACCAUGGCCAAAUGACAAAACAGAAGUAAAAGCAAAUGUAUUCACAUUAUGAGUAGUCCGUGUGUAACAACCACUCAUUCAACAACUGCUUGAACAGUAGUGCUGAACAAGUGGUACUUUCGACCAGUCCUUGAAGUUUUGGCUGUCCUAACACCCCUAUAGUCAUGUGAUUGCAAUCUGAGUGGUUGCCAACUGGCUCACACACUUAAAUGGUUGCAGUAUCUUGUGGUCAUAGGAUCACCAUCUGAAACCUUCCCUGCCAGUUUUUCCCAAGCAAAGUCAAUGGGGAAACCAACAGAAAAGGUUACAAGUUUCCCUGGUAGCUUGCUCAUGUCUUCCCCCACCCGGCAGAAACUACCUCUGGCUCUGCCUUGUUCAAACCAUAUGCCCUCCCUGCCUGUUUGCAAACUGUCUGGGACUUGCUUAAUGACUUUUGAUCCUGGCUUAACACCACCAAUGGGGGAGUGUUGUAAGGAAGUGAUGUGGUCAUGUGACAUUGCGUUUUAUAACCACAUUGGUUAGCAAUAGAAAUUCUGGUCCAAAUCACCAUUGUUAACCAAUGACUACCUGUAACAUAUUCAAUGUUGUAAUUCAAUAAUAAUAUUGAAAUAUUAAAAUAUAUUAAAUAAUAUACAUUUUACUAUGAAAACAAGUACUAUAAAGCAAGAGAACCCAACUUUUAUACUAAUUCUAAUUCUGUUAGUUUUAAAUUGACAAUUUGACAAUUAUCUCUGGUGAUAAUUUGAAUACUGGUGCUGAUAUUGAACUCUGCAGGUGAUAGAAAAAUUAUAAGCACUGAAUUGAAAAACCAGAUGCAUUCAUUUCAAAUGUGUUCCAGUGUUGUACCUCAUGAAUUGGAGAAUGUAUUUUCUUUUGGUGGGUCCCUAAAACUGCCCAAUUUUAGGUUUUUGACAGUGGCUGUAUCCAGGAUUCUUUUAGAUUAGAGCUGGGGAAUAAAAGGAAUGCAUGCCAUACAAUUAUCAGAGGUAUAUGAUGCGUCUAUACUAUGGGAUUGCAAACAAGUUUUGAUUGUAGAACCAUAGAGUUGGAAAAGACACCAGAAGUUAUGCAGUCCGCAGGUCUGUUGAACCAUGUUUUAAAAAAUCCAUUGAGACCAGUAGGAUUCAAUCAUGACUAAUAAGUCCCAUACAUCAAAAUGUGACUGCUUGGAUCCAUCUACUGUACAUUUAUGUAAGCACUGUAAUUAUUUUUGUUUUUUAAAAAAAUCACUUUUUUUAAAUAAUGGAAAUUAUGCCUAAAAUAUGUGACUAGAAUGCAAUAACUGCAUGUUGAAAGACUGGAUUUCAUUUUGUAAUUUGUGAUACAGUGAUACAGUGUCAAUAAAAAUAAUAACUUUGUCAAUGUAUAAACUAUCAAAUCAAUUGUUUUGUUUCAUAUCAUGUGUAGGAACAUUUAAGUUUAGUUUCAUUUCUGGACUUAACUCAAGUUUCUUCAUGAAUGAUCAAAUUAGAGAUUUAGAAAAAUCCAUCAAUCCUUUUCUCUAUGAAAAAUAACCCAGAUUCUGUUCAGAAGCAUUAUCUUGGGGAACAAAUAAAUUGUAGGAGAUGAUCAGGUUGAGCCCAAGGGAAGAGUCAGGCACAUAAUCACUUUGGAGUUCCUUCAUGCCCACAAGAGUUCUAAAAAAGUCCAGCCCUCCUUGAAUGUUGUUGACUCUUAUCUAUUGCCAAUUUGCCUUGACCAUUAGUAGUUCAGAUUUUUGUAGAGUGAUACCAUGCAGUAAACUUGUAAUCAUUUGAACAACCCUGGUUCUGGAUUUCUUGCACCUACAGAAAUGUCCUUGAAAUAUUUAGCUGCCAAAUUGGAAAUGCAAUACUUUAUCAGACCAGUUUGGUAACACAGCUUGGGAUUCUACUAUUGGUAACCCUAAUAUGUAUAUUAGUCUACUCAUUUGAUAAGUAAUAGGUAUUGGAGUCAAUCCUUGGAGAGACAAUAGAAUUAAAGAACUGUUUAAAAGAAUUUUUAAAAAGAGAUUGCAUUAGAUGCUACUUGCCAAUGUGUUUAGAUGUAAUAAAGUAAUGGACACAUGUCAUAUAUCAGGAAUCCAGAAGUGUACCUUCCUCAUAGCAUCACCUACUCUCUGGAUUGUUCCUCUUGAGAUCAAGAUGGCCCCUAUUUUGUUAGUGUUUAAAAGAGCCCAGAAGACCUGACUCUUCACCCAGGCCUUUAGUGAGAUAAAGAGAUCCUCACUUCAUUUCAUUUGGUCACUUGCAAUCUUUUACCUUUUCUUAAUUUUCUUGCAAUUUCUAUCACUGUAUUAAUGGCUCAGAGUUGCUGAGAGUUAAUAAAAUAUAAUAAAUUGUUAUAUACUGUACAAAAAUAGUUUUUAAAAUUGUAUGUAUACUGCAAAAAGAGGGAAGAAAAAACUUCCAAGUACCGUAUAUACCUCGUAUGCAUUAAAUAAAUCUAAGCCAAGAGAUUGUU